UAGCAUGGCUUUGUGUCAAAAUUCGACUUGUUGACUUCCACAUGGCUCUGAAUGACUUUAUAUUGGGUUUAUAUAUGGGUUCCACAUGGUCAUGGGCUCUGAAUGGCUUUAUAUUGGGUUUAUAUAAUGGUUUCACAUGGUCAUGGGCUCUGAAUGGCUUUAUAUUGGGUUUAUAUAUGGGUUCCACAUGGUCAUGGGCUCUGAAUGGCUUUAUAUUGGGUUUAUAUAUGGGUUCCACAUGGUCAUGGGCUCUGAAUGGCUUUAUAUUGGGUUUAUAUAUGGGUUCCACAUGGUCAUGGGCUCUGAAUGGCUUUAUAUUGGGUUUAUAUAUGGGUUCCACAUGGUCAUGGGCUCUGAAUGGCUUUAUAUUGGGUUUAUAUAUGGGUUCCACAUGGUCAUGGGCUCUGAAUGGCUUUAUAUUGGGUUUAUAUAUGGGUUCCACAUGGUCAUUGGGCUCUGAAUGGCUUUAUAUUGGGUUUAUAUAUGGGUUCUACAUGGUCAUGGGCUCUGAAUGGCUUUAUAUUGGGUUUAUAUAUGGGGUCAAAGAUGUAACUGUUAGUUUUAGCUGCUAUUGGAACCACCUAAAGAUAAAACUGUCACAUACACACCCAUGAAAACACCCCUCUUCUGACCGUAUCAGUAAAAAUGUCAGGAUAUAAAAGCUAGCGUUCUAUUUGCUAAUCUCGUUUAUACAUCCCAAUGUUGUGAAUAGUAAAGAAAGUAAAAUGUAGUAGAUGAAUAUCUUAAUAAAAUGUUUCUCUGUUGGUUUCUGUGAAUGACUGCUCAUACUAUGUGUGUUCAAUUCACACGAAGAUGCCGAUAAGUCAGCGUUCUUCAGGAGUUCCUGGACAGAUACUUUAUCUGCUCGAAACAGUCCCAGCGUGACCUUCUCUGGCCUUUCAGCGUACGAGUGUGUGCUCAGGGAUUGCAUCAUCUCCUGCGUCCAGGCCCUGUGGGUCACGGGGGAACCUGGAGCCUAUCCCAGGGAGCGUCGGGCACAACGCGGGGGACAGGUUUCGGAUCCAACGCGACAUGGACGGGGAUAAAGCGCUUACUGAAGCGGACUGAGUGAAUAGAUAUAUACAAACGUGAACACUUUAGUUUCGGCUUGUUCUGUUCUAAGUGUGAGAGUCAGAUAAGAGGCUGUUCCCAGAAUGCACACGCACACUGUUGGGCUGGUGAAGGAUGCGCAGCACUGAUACUGUUCAGAAGAAAAAGGCGAGAUGGUAUCUGCGAGUGGUGUGUUAGUGUGUGACCGUAGUCAGUUGUUUUUAGUUAGGUUUAUAUUGAAACCUUGGCCUUGAAGUUGUCACCUUGGAAAGGAGCUCAUCCUCCUCACUGAAAGUUCUUUCCGUAAGUCAGUGCUGUCAACAAACAGGCUGUGGUGUCUGUGGCUGAACCUCUGUAAGAUAACGAAACACAACUUACACGAACACACAUUCGUGCUCGGUUAGCAUGGCAAAAAAAUAGCAGUACAAAACCGUGCGCGUGCUCAUAAAGUGCACUGCAAAGGUAUUCACUCCCUUUUGAACAAGAUGAAGUCCACAUGAAAGCGAGAGGGAGUCAAGAUGGAGUCCAAAUGAAAGUGAGAGGGAGUCAAGAUGGAGUCCAAAUGAAAGCGAGAGGGAGUCAAGAUGGAGUCCAAAUGAAAGCGAGAGGGAGUCAAGACAGAGUCCAAAUGAAGACGAGAGGGAGUCAAGAUGGAGUCCAAAUGAAGACGAGAGGGAGUCAAGAUGGAGUCCAAAUGAAGACGAGAGGGAGUCAAGAUGGAGUCCAAAUGAAAGCGAGAGGGAGUCAAGAUGGAGUCCAAAUGAAAGCAAGAGGGAGUCAAGAUGGAGUCCAAAUGAAGACGAGAGGGAGUCAAGAUGGAGUCCAAAUGAAGACGAGAGGGAGUCAAGAUGGAGUCCACAUGAAGACGAGAGGGAGUCAAGAUGGAGUCCACAUGAAGACGAGAGGGAAUCAAGAUGGAGUCCACAUGAAGACGAGAGGGAGUCAAGAUGGAGUCCACAUGAAGGCAAGACAGAAUCAAGAUGGAGUCCAAAUGAAGACGAGAGGGAGUCAAGAUGGAGUCCACAUGAAGACGAGAGGGAGUCAAGAUGGAGUCCACAUGAAGACGAGAGGGAAUCAAGAUGGAGUCCACAUGAAGACGAGAGGGAGUCAAGAUGGAGUCCACAUGAAGGCAAGACAGAAUCAAGAUGGAGUCCAAAUGAAGACGAGAGGGAGUCAAGAUGGAGUCCACAUGAAGACGAGAGGGAAUCAAGAUGGAGUCCACAUGAAGACGAGAGGGAGUCAAGAUGGAGUCCACAUGAAGACGAGAGGGAGUCAAGAUGGAGUCCACAUGAAGACGAGAGGGAGUCAAGAUGGAGUCCACAUGAAGACGAGAGGGAAUCAAGAUGGAGUCCACAUGAAGACGAGAGGGAGUCAAGAUGGAGUCCACAUGAAGACGAGAGGGAGUCAAGAUGGAGUCCACAUGAAGACGAGAGGGAGUCAAGAUGGAGUCCACAUGAAGACGAGAGGGAGUCAAGAUGGAGUCCACAUGAAGACGAGAGGGAAUCAAGAUGGAGUCCAAAUGAAGACGAGAGGGAAUCAAGAUGGAGUCCACAUGAAGACGAGAGGGAGUCAAGAUGGAGUCCACAUGAAGACGAGAGGGAGUCAAGAUGGAGUCCACAUGAAGGCAAGACAGAAUCAAGAUGGAGUCCAAAUAAAAGCGAGAGGGCAUCAAGAUGGAGUCCAGAUGAAGCCGAGAACAUGCCAAGAUCGAGACCCAAAACCAUCAAAUCCUUUUCAAAGCUGAGCCCUUACUUCAAUUAGCUGGCUAGUUGUUCAGGCUAUUUUCUAGAAGAAGGAAAAAUACUUCCUGUCAAACUUUGUGUCUGUGAAGAGAAAAAAACAACACAAACAUUAUUCUCACAAACUCUCAAGUGAGACCAAGACCAUAUUUAGCGAGACUGAGAAAUGUCCAAGUACAAAUGGCAAUAAUUCUAAGACAAGUCCAAGUCAAUACAAAAAAAUAAUAAUAAUAAUAAUAAUAAUUCACAAGCCUGGACUUUUUUUACUACAUUCUCAUAGCCCUAGUUAUAACAUUACAAAAUGUGCAAAAGUUCAAGGGUGAGAAUAUUUCCUUGUGUGUAUCAAGGUUCUAAUAAAUUUUUUUGGGUGCACUCAUAAUAGAAAAGGAAAUACCAAACUGGGAAGUCCAGCUCCUGUACCAUAAAAGAAAACUACGAUUAAAAACCCACAGCACAGCUGCGUGAGUCCAUGUGAACGGAUGGAGGUGGAGGUCAGACGAAAGGAUUUUUAGGAUAAACAAAGCAAAUGUUUCAUCAGGCUUCACAGAUAUUACCUGGAAGAUCUAAAAAUAACUGUUUACAUGUACAUUAAGUGUGUAAUUACAGUGUUUAAUAUGAAGCAGAGCUAAGUGUAUGUGUGUGUGUGUGUGUGUGUCAGAAGUGCAGAUUAGGGCCUGACAUCAGUGUGUAUCUGAUUAGUGUGUGGCCCUGAUCUGAACCCUGAACUGCUCAUAAUGUAAGUAAAAACAAGAACUCCCCAUAAAAACAAUUCCGAAGCAGAACAGCAGAUUAGACUGAAUCCUCUUUAUAUUAAAUAAACAGCUAACACCGUAACGACAGCGUAUCCAGUCGGGUUUAAUUCUAAACAGAGCUCAGUGUACAUUAACUCCGCGCUGUUCUAACUGGUUAAUCAGAGAUCCAAAUCCAUCAGACUGAACUUUAACCUCUAGGAACGCAGUACGCCUUUGAUGUUUUUGUACGGACGCUCUCGGCGGCAUGUCAAGAGUUUUAAACGUGGUAUGACGAAGGGAGUAAGUACGCACUAACAGAUAGUCUCACCGAAUUACACCGCCCGUCAAAAGGUUCUGAAGACCCUGUAUUCAUAUUGUUUUUAUUGUUAGGUAUUUUAGAUGUGUUUUUAGCUAUUAGGGCCUCAAUAACGAGUGCACGGUCCUCACCAUCGUCUCUAAACAAACAAAUAACCCCAUGUGACUACCAAAAAAAAAAAAAAAACAACAUAACAGAUUUCACUAUGUAGUCAUUUUUUC